UCAUUGAAUUCUGUUAUCUCAAUGUGAUACAAGACAAGUGUCUUCACAUGCUAAAUGCUAGAAAAUUACAAAAAAUGAGGGGGCAGUUGUCCUUUAUUAUUCAUAACUAAAUGUUUUCACUGCUACAAAUUCAACACCCUCUGCUCAUUCAUCUCAAUUGCCAUGGCUUCUACUUCUUCCUUCUUCUACCUCUCUCUUGUCUCCAUUUUUCCCUUAAUCUAUUCCCUUACAAUUCCACUCUUGCCUUCUCAAACAAACCCAUCUCAAGAUCCCUAUCAAAAGCUCAAUUUUCUAGUUUCCUCCUCUUUAUCAAGAGCCUUUCACCUCAAAAACCCUCAAAAAACUAUCUCCACAACUCCACUCUUUUCUCACAGCUAUGGAGGUUACUCAAUUUCCCUUUCGUUUGGAACUCCUCCCCAGACCAUCCCUUUUAUCAUGGACACCGGCAGUAACAUCGUUUGGUUCCCCUGCACCACUCGCUACCUCUGCCAUCACUGUUCAUUCUCCUCCUCAAAAAACAUUCCACUUUUCAUCCCUAAACAAUCUUCUUCCUCCAAGAUCAUCGGCUGCCGCAACCCCAAGUGUUCUUGGAUUCACCCCAAUCCACGAUGCAAAGGUUGCGACUCUUCAAAAAAGUGUACUCAGAUUUGUCCAUCUUACUUCAUCGUCUAUGGCUCCGGCAUGACCGGCGGCAUUGCACUAUCAGAAACUCUAAAUUUUCCUAACCGAACUAUUCCCAACUUCCUCGUCGGCUGCUCUGUUGUCUCUUCCCGCCAGCCAGCCGGCAUUGCAGGGUUUGGGCGUGGCCGAGCUUCGUUUCCAAGUCAACUAAACCUCGACAAGUUCGCAUACUGUCUGCUUUCUCGCAUAUACGAUGACACUGCAAGAGGCAGCCCUCUAGUACUUGAGAGUAGCAGUGGCUCGGAUUCUGAAAAGAAGACCACUGGUUUAAUAUACACGCCAUUUAUCAAGAACCCAGUUGUCCCGGGACGCAGUGCCUUCUCAGACUACUACUAUGUUGGUCUCCGAAAAAUCACAGUCGGCGGGCAGCAAGUGAGGAUUCCGUUCAGAUUCUUAAGUUUGGAUAAUGAAGGAAAUGGCGGCACCAUUAUUGACUCUGGUACAACGGCAACCGUCAUGACUACUGAGGUGUGGAAGCCAUUGGCGGCUGAGUUUGAAAGUCAAUUAGUGAAGAAGAUGAAUUACAGUAGAGCUCCUGGUGUUGAGGUUUUAACGGGGUUGAGUCCUUGUUUCAACGUUUCAAGUGGGAGAAGGAGAUUGAAAUUCCCUGAUUUAAAGUUACAUUUCAAAGGUGGCGCUGAGGUGGCAGUGCCGCUUGAAAAUUAUGCAGUGGAGGUUGGUGGUGGCGUGGCUGCGUGUUUGAUGGUGGUUAGCGACAAGUUUGGCGGUGGUGGGCCAGCGAUUAUAUUGGGGAACUUUAUUUGGCAGAAUUACUAUGUGGAGUAUGAUUUGAGGAAUGAGAGGUUGGGGUUUAAACGGCAACAAUGUGAAUGAUGGAUUCAGGGAAUUUUUAAAUAAAUCUAGUAACUGUUUUUCUUCUAAUAAAAUAUUUUUUCAGUUCUUCAA